ACCAGGCCGAGCCCCCCUCCUUCCCUGCCGCGCCUCACGCCCCGCCGCCGGCGUCGCCCGGUGUCUAUUAACCGCUGCCGCCGGCGGGGAGCUGCGCUGCCGGGAAGAUGGCGAGCCGCAGCCUCCGCCUGCUGCUCAUCGGUUACUUGGGGGUCCUGAGCUAUCGUAAAGUGUCUGGAAUUUCCAUUGAAACGGAUAACAAAAACGUAAAAGCAGAGGAGUUCAAGGAGGCUAUUCUUAGUUGUAAGCACAAGUUUUCCAGAAGUGUGAACUUAAGAAUAGAAUGGAAGAAAAUUCAGUCUCAAGGAGUCUCAUUUGUCUACUACAACAGUGAAUUUACAGGUGAUCUUCGAGGCCGAGCAGAGAUGCUGAAUACAGGAAUCCGUAUUAGAAAUGUGACUAGAAGGGAUUCUGGGACCUACCGCUGUGAAAUCAGUGCAAAGAGCGAAGAGGGGCAACGCCUGGGAGAGGCUACUAUUACUCUCACAGUAUUGGUUGCUCCAACUACUCCAGUGUGUGAGGUACCCAGCUCUGCAAUGACAGGAACAGUAGUGCAACUGAGCUGUAAGGAAACAGAGGGGUCUCCUCCAUCUGAGUACCAGUGGUACAAGAACGGUGUUGCCUUACUGGAAAAGACAGGAACAGGCAAUGCUAGAGCAGCAAACAUAACUUAUACCAUGAAUAAGAAGUCUGGCACUCUGCUGUUUAACACAGUUACAAAGAAUGACACUGGAGAGUAUUUUUGUGAAGCCUCCAAUGGGAUUGGAUUAUCUCAGAAAUGCUCAGUGAAGCGAAUGCAAGUUGAUGACCUCAAUGUAAGUGGUAUCAUCACCGCAGUAGUAUUUGUGGCUCUGGUAAUGGCAUCAUGUGGCCUUGGAGUAUUUUAUGCCCAGAAAAAAGGCUACUUUACAAAGGAAAGCUCUUCCCAGUAAGUAUCAUGAUGCAAGGAAGAAGACCAACUAUCAAUCUACAAGUGAAAAGGAUUUCAAGCAUACCAAGUCCUUUGUUAUUUAGAAGAUUUCUGCCUCUGUGAGGGACAUCAAAUGACUACUUGUUAUACAAAAGUAUCAAAGGGAUCUUUUGACCUCUACUCUGUAAAUAGUUUCCAUGCACUACAUGCUGAAAAUCGAAAUUGCCAAUGUUCAGAUCCAGUCAACGUAACUGUGAUUGCUUUUCAGGAGCGAAAAGAAACCCCAAACUGCACAAGCCUCCCACUCCCAAGACCACCAAACCCCCUUAAUUUAAAGAUAGAAUUAAAUUUAAUAUACAAGUCAACAUAUGUUAAGACUUCUUGAGCAACCUGGUCUAGUGGAAGGGGGUUAGGAAUAGGUGAUCAAUAAGGUCUCUUCCCUGCCAAACCAUUCUACGAGUCUCAUUUUGUUCAUGUAUACAUGCAGCAAUAUUGGAUUCCCUCUUACAGCUUGCAACAGUCUACUCAAGGAACUUUCACUGGUGAUCUUGCUACCACUGCUUCUCCUACCUAUGUCUCCAUCAUUGUCAAGGGCUCAAACUUUCCUGCAAUUCUGAUAACUUAGUACCUUGACAUUGUAUUAGGUUUGCCAAAGUCACCUAUAAGACUGUAAAUAGUUGUUCAGACUUUAAACUCACUAUCCUGACAGAAUAAAGCAUCCUGUAAUUUAGUCUGAAACAGUGGUUCAUUGUCUAAUACAAAAUGCCUACAGCUUCUCUUCCACAAAGCAGUCUCUCACUUUCGCUGUAGACUGCAUAUGUAAUUUCAUUCUGAAGAAAAAUCAUGCCAGUAUAACUCAGGCUGUAGUAUCUGGAUCCUUGUUGUUGAAGCAUCACAAAUAAAUAGUUGCUCUGAGCCUGAA